CUCUUUCAACAAAAGCCAUGGCCAGCGAGGCGGGGAAGGCUCCGGCGAGCCCCGGCCGGCGCGUGCUCAUGUUCCCGCUGCCGUUCCAGGGCCACCUGAACCCGAUGCUACAGCUGGCGGACGUGCUGCACGCCCGGGGCCUCCGCGUCACCCUCUUCCACGCGGCCUUCAACGCGCCGGAACCCGUGGCAGGGUACCGCUUCGUGCCCGUCGGGGCCGGCGUGCCGGCCGCCGACCUCGUGCCCACGGGCAGCGACGCUGACUUCGUCGGGGCGCUGCUGCGCUUCAACGAGCGCCUGCAAGGAGCUUUCCACGACAGCCUCCGCGAGGUGCUGGAGGAGGAGGAGGGAGCGCGGCCGGCGUGCCUGGUGCUGGACUCCAACCUCCGAGGCAUGCAGGUGGUCGCCGACCGGCUUUCACGGCGCUCUGCGACAAGGGCCUCCUCCCGCUACAAGGUACUACCACCACACCUACCUAACAACACAAACAGUUCAGAUCACUUUCUGCAUCGGGACAGUUGA